CAAAAGUUGAGGCGCGCAAUUGGGGGCUCUGGAGGGUUUUAAAAGCGCUCGAGAGUUCGGAGACCAUCGAAGCCACACCAGACCAGAUCAGACUGCGAGCUUUCAUCUUCUGUAUUUCGUUUGAUCGUAACAUGCUCAUGGCCUCAAACAGUUUGUAGGGUUCGACGGGAUAUGACACAUGCCUGCUAUUCCGCAGUUUCUGAGGUUUUUUUGCUUGUAGACAAAUUCACAUGGACAAUAAAUACAACAGUGAUUCAAGAGGAGCUUUGAUUGUGUUAGAAGGUUUGGAUCGCUCUGGGAAGACUUCACAGUCUAGCAGACUACUGUCAUACCUGGAAGGGCUAGGGUAUCCAGUUGAAUCAUGGAGGUUUCCUGAUAGAAAUACUGGUGUUGGGCAAAUGAUUUCCUCAUAUCUCUCCAAUAAGUCGCAGCUGGAUGAUCAUGCAAUCCAUCUCCUCUUUAGUGCAAAUCGUUGGGAGAAGAGAGCAUUAAUGGAGAACAAGCUGAGGAGUGGAACAACCCUCAUUGUUGACCGCUACUCUUAUUCUGGGGUGGCUUUCUCAUCUGCCAAAGGACUCGAUAUUGAAUGGUGUAAGGCUCCAGAGAUGGGGUUACUGGCUCCAGAUCUGGUACUAUACCUUGACAUACCACCAGAGAAUGCUGCUGAAAGAGGAGGUUAUGGAGGUGAGAGAUAUGAGCAACUUGAGUUUCAAAGGAAAGUUGCACAAUCGUAUCAGUGUCUUCGUGAUGCCUCUUGGAAGAUUAUAGAUGGACGCCUUUCUGUUGAAGAAGUUGAGAAACAGUUAAGGGAGAUUGUUAUAAGUUGUGUGAUGAUGUGCCAAAAAGGAAAAUCUCUUUCACAGCUCUGGUCAAGUUGAACUCUUCAAGGUUUAUGAAGAAGAGGAGCUGCGUGUUUUGGCGGACUUAUCAAGUAUUUAAUCAAUCGAGAAAACUUCGAUGCUGUCUUUAGCCUUGUAUUGUUCAGAUAGGAGUUGUGUGGAAACAAUGGUUCCAAUUAAUUAGCAUCAUGUAUUGUGUGUUUUUUUUUUUUUUUUCUUUCUUGAUGUUCUAAGAUAGACUUAACAUUCUUCUAAGGAGAAGGGAAAAGUGUGUCACUGCUAAGACUCAAAUCUCUGGUUUGUAGUGCAAUUAAGGAUUAAAAUUUCGUUUUAAAACGUUUUUAUUUUUAAAAAGAC